AUGGUUCAAAUGAUGAUUCAGGUUGAUAAUUUUCCACCAGGAUCUCAUGUCAAUAUCAAUAAUGAACAUCCAAAAAUCCUUGAACAUAAAGGAAAUCCUUCAAUAACGAGCAGUUCCCUUUGUAAUCCUUGCAUAUACAUUUUAGAAAUGCAACAUCAUAUAUUUAAAUACCUUUGGAAAAACAAUUUUUCAACGCCCAUAACAGAAAGACUUGAAGCUGGUAGCAUGAGAGUAUUGGAAAUUGGAUUGGCGCCUGAACUAUGUUUGAAUGAACAAUCCAAUUUGAUUAAAAACAUGAUUAGAGUAUUGAAACCGUGCGGAUGGAUUGAAUUUAUGAUAUUUAAUUUAAAUUUGUAUAAUUCUGGUCCAUACACAACUCGCUUAACGCAGGCUUAUGAUUCAUACAUAAAUUAUGGACGGGAAUGUAAUAGAAUUGAUGAGGAACAAUUAUACAAUAUGUUGGUUUCUACCCAACGAAUUCAAACCAUUGAUAUAAAAAAUAAACGCACUCUAUUGGGCACCAGCGGUGGAAGGAUAGGCGAAUUGUUAUGUGAUGUAUUGCUACAACCUUUAAAAUCUCAUAAAUCCGAACUAUGCGAAUAUAUGGGAAUUUGCAUAAAAGAAUUUGACGAAAUGUAUAUCAUAAUGUUGCAAGAAAUAAAUGAUUAUAAAACAUUUUGUAUUUCUCAUAGAAUAUACGCGAAGAAAUAUUGA